CCUGAAAUAUCAAACAAUACAGCGGCAAGUAGCAACACUAAGGAGCAGCAACUGAUGGCCGUUGUCGUUCGCCCCUGCUUGAGCUCUCCAUUCUCGUUUCCACCAUCUCCGUCCUCUCUUUCUUUGCGCUUGUCAACUACCCGGAGGACUCUACCCCCCCUCACUUUCCGAUCCUCCUGCUCCUCCUCAUCGGCAUCAUCGAACAUGGAGGACUCCCAGCAUGGAGAGCGACCAAGCCUCAAGGACUUCCCAUACGUCUCGGCGCUGCACAGGGAUCUGAUGGUGGACCUCGUAUCAACGGUGGAGACGCGCCUCCACACCCACCUCCUUCCCUGUACCCUCCCUCCCGACGUUCAGUACUACCACAACCAAACCGGGACCGCCCGUGCUUCUCUUCAGAUCAGAUCCGGUCAUCAAUCCUCUCCGAUUAAUUUCAUUUUGGGAAGCUGGUUGCACGCCGAGCUACCAUCAGGAGGUGUGCUGGACAUAACCACCCUCUCAGCAUAUCUGAACUCUUCAACAGAUGCACCUCACUUCGUAAUUGAGCUAUGUCGGCGCAGCCCAACUUCUCUAAUCUUCAUCCUUGACCUGCCUUCUCGCAAGGACCUUCUCCUCCAUCCUGACUACCUUCAUGACUUCUAUGAAGCCACUGAGUUGGACAGGCAUAGGCAGAAGCUGCUCCAAAAUGUCCCCGAGGUCCAGCCCUAUUUCUCGUCAUCCCUCUAUAUACGCUGUAGUUUUUCGCCCACUGCAAUUUUGGUUUCUGUAGAUACUGAGGCAGAUGGGGCAGAGCGCAUGGAAGAAAUCAUACGAGAUAAUGUGAGACCCAUUGCAGUGGAAGUGUUGGGGAUCUGGUUGGAUCAGUGUACUGGUGCAGGGAGAGAGGUGGGCGAGAUGGACACAGCUAAUUUGGAGAAGAGGGAUCGGUUGGUUAGGAAGAAGACAGCUGAGAAUGAUCUAGGCUCUAAUUUACCGAGUUUGUUUGGGCCAGAAGUGGCAGGUCGAGUUUUGGAGGCCAUACGAAAGGUUUUUGAUGCAUGAGAUAGCAAGCAUGGGUAUGUAUUCUGUCUGUACAAUUCUGUACAAUCAUACUGAGCAAAAGUUGAACUUUUAUUUGGUGGCCUAAAUGUCACCACUCUUCUUACACCAUCUGUAAAUCUGUAAUCCUGAUGUAUAAAAGCCUACACACUUUAGGAUUCUGAAGUAUAAGAAUGAGCGAUGGAUAAUGAAAAUCUUUUUCCGGUUUCCAUUCC